UGGAAUUCUCCAUUCUUCAUCCUCACUCACUACAUAAGAACCCUUUCCUCUCUCUCUCUCUCUGAGUUGGUUUCCUCCACGCAAAGCCAAACCCACUGUGUAUUUUCUUUCCCCUUUUCCCCUUUUCUUUCCCCUUCUCCAUCAUCUCUUUUAGUCUUCUUUAACCCAUCAUCUCAUCAUCCCCACCAAACCCUCAAUUCCCAAAUCCGAUUCCCCAAAUAUUUUUUUCUUUUUCUGAUUCUUUCUCUCUCUGUCCAUCUCUUCUUCAAUCGCCGGUUUCGGCUUCUGCUUUUUUCCCUUUACGUGAGGAGAACUUUUGUCUUUCUUGCUUCUUUUUUUUUUUUCCUUUAAAGAAAUUUCUGGGAUUGUUUCUUGUGUGAGAAUCUCUGUCUUAGACCAUCGUUAUAUAUGGGCUGAGGUGCGCAUUUCAUGGGCGGUUUAGAGGAUGAAGAACCAGCCUCCAAACGUAUGAAGGUAUCAUCGGAGAAAUUGAAGGGACUGUCGAACGGUUUAUCUGUGGUAGAGCCAUUAGGGGGCUCUUCAAGAGAUUUGAUGGCUCGCCCCCUACAAUCCGAAGGGGACAGUGGUGAUGUUAUUGGUUCAAAGGGAGUGAUCAAAAGAGUUGAGUUUGUGAGAAUUAUAGCCAAUGCAUUGUAUUCUCUUGGUUAUAAGAAAACUGGUGCUUAUUUAGAAGAGGAGUCUGGGAUACCCUUACAUUCUCCAGCUGUGAACGUGCUUAUGCAGCAAAUUCAUGAUGGAAAAUGGGAUGAAAGUGUUGAAACUUUGCAUACCAUUGGUCUAUCAGACGAAAACAUUGUCAAAGCGGCUUCUGUUUUGGUAUUGGAGCAGAAAUUCUUUGAGCUUGUGGAGAGGGACAAAGUCACAGAAGCUUUACGGACGCUGAGGACUGAGAUUGCUCCACAUCAGAUUAAUGAAAAAAGAAUUCGUGAGCUCUCAUCCUGGUUGGUUUCUCCGUCAAUGAGAGCUCAAGCCAAUUCAUCUUGUCAACGAAGUGCAAAGGCCAAGUCUCGGACACAAUUGCUGGAGGAAUUACAGAAACUUCUUCCUGCAUCUCUUAUGAUACCAGAAAAAAGAUUGGAACAUUUAGUUGAACGUGCCCUUUUGUUGCAACGAGAUGCUUGCACUUUCCAUAACUCCUUAAAUAAGGAGAUGUCACUGUAUACAGAUCAUGAUUGUGGGAAAAAUCAGAUUCCUUCUCGAACUUUACAGGUGUUACAAGAUCACAGUGAUGAGGUUUGGUUCUUGCAAUUUUCUCAUAAUGGAAAAUACUUAGCUUCUUCGUCCAGCGACCGAUCUGCAAUUAUAUGGGAGGUAGACUUAGAUGGAAGAAUUUCUUUGAAGCACAGACUGUUAGGUCAUGAGCAACCAGUCUCUCUGGUCUCAUGGAGUUCCGAUGAUAGUCAGCUACUCACGUGUGGGGUGGAGGAAGCUGUCAGGCGUUGGGAUGUCACUUCGGGCGAGUGCCUCCAUGUUUAUGAAAAAGCUGGACUUGGACUGGUCUCUUGUGGCUGGUUUCCCGAUGGAAAGCAUAUACUUGCAGGCGUUAACGAUAAGAGUAUUUGCAUGUGGGAGUUAGAUGGGAACGAGUUGGAAGGGUGGAAGGGUCAAAGAACUCUUAAGAUAUCUGAUCUAGAAAUAACCAACGAUGGGAAGAAGAUUAUCAGUAUCUGUAGGGAUACUGCAAUAUUGCUACUCGACAGGGAGUUGAAUGUCGAUAAAUUGAUUGAAGAGGAUCAAAUAAUAACUUCUUUUCAAUUGUCAAAGGAUAAUAAGUUCUUACUAGUAAAUCUUUUGAACCAAGAAAUCCAUCUGUGGAAUUUAGAAGGCGAAGCGGAGAUUGUUACAACAUACACAGGUCACAAGCGCACCCGGUUUGUUAUUCGGUCCUGUUUCGGAGGGCUUGACCAGGCUUUUAUUGCAAGUGGCAGUGAGGACUCACUGGUAUACAUAUGGCACAGAGGGACAGGGGAGGUUAUAGAGGCAUUGGCAGGACACUCAGGGUCUGUAAACUGCGUGAGCUGGAAUCCUACAAAUCCUCACAUGUUGGCAUCGGCGAGUGACGACCAUACGAUUAGAAUAUGGGGAUUAAGGGAGCUGGAUGAUGUUGUUAAGUUCAAAAAUACUGAACAACACAGUAGUAGUAAUGGUAAUGGUGUCCAUUAUACCAAUGGGGGAACAUCUUGAACAAAACAAAGCAAGAAAACAAAAAGCUUCCUUCUUUUCUUCACACCCAUUUGUAACUCUUUUUUUCUUUCUUUUUAUAGUUGGCUCUGCUAUUAUGUAAAUACUUCCUUCAGUUGCUUCUUCCCAAGUUGACAUUCAAAGUUGUUCAAUGUGCAUCAUGAAGUCAUUCUCCAUUAAUAAAAAUGCUCAGUUCAUUCAACA